AUGGUGGCCGGAACCAGAUUACUAUUGGGGAAGAUGAAGACAGACAGAUACUCGAGAGGCAAAACCAACAGGACUUACGGAGAGGCUGAUGAUGAGAAACGCACCCGUGCAGAAGCCGCCGACGGGGUUUUCGGCCUCAACAAAACACCUGCCCCACCCACCUCAGGCACAAUAACCUCCAGUCCCAGAGCCGCAGCCACCGUCCGAGAGGACGCCGCCGGCGGGCCCCGGGGGAGCCGGGCUCUCAGCGCCGGGCCUCGGGACCCACGGGACCUGUGUCCCCGCGUCCCAGAGGAGCGUCCCAUUUCCCGAAGGGAAACCCAAGCUCGCAGCCGUGGCGGGGGCGCUAGGAUCAGGUGGGGGCGGGGCUACGGGCCGGGGGAGGAGCCGGCGCGCGGGCGUAUGGCGGUUCUUUUGACUCCGCGGUUUCGCAGCCUUGGCAGCCAGAGCGAGCUUGCCGGCCCAGGACGGCGCGGGUCGAGUUCCGUGAGUCACAGAGGUGGCGUCUGCCGGAAAAGGAGGACAGGAUGUUCUGGUCCUUUUCAAGCUACUCAGCUAUGGGAUAGUAUUAUUCACUGCCUUCAGACUCAAGUGGAAAUAAAAAGGAGGAGGCAUCAUUUACGAACAUACAAAGAUUGUUUUACUGGUUCUGAUGCUGUUGAUGUAAUAUUAAGUCAUCUUAUGCAAAAUAUGUGCCUAAGUAGUAAUGAUAUCUCUCGUCUUAAAGGAGUUCGUCUUUGCCAAGUUCUAAUGAAUCAUAAAGUAUUUCAACCAGUAGGAGUAAAGCUAUUCAAAAACAAGAAGGAAUUGGAAUUUGAAGAUUCAAACAAUAGUCUCUACAGGUUUCUAGGCAAUAAAUCAUCUUAUGUUUUUUGCGAAAGAAAAAAGGAUGCCGAGAAUGGGUUAACAGAUAAAAUAAAUGCAAAGGAAUCUUUAAGACCAGAAGAUGAAAUGAUUUCAAAUCCUGUAGCACAAGAGAUUGGUGAGGAAAGAAUUAAGGAACUUACGCCUACAAUGAGUGGGAAUCUGGCUUUUCCUCCAAAUAUCACAGUUGGCAAACCUGUUCUUCCACUUUCAAAAGAAGCUAUAGAAGAUGUUUGGAAACAACAAACAUUGUUACGUAUUCUUCAACUGAUUCACCUUCCAUUCUUGGAAAAUAUUUUGGAGCCACCAGUUAAAACACAAAAUCUUCAAUUAAGCAAAGAGGAAGACCUUGUUAUCUCAAAUACUUGUCUAGACAGAGAGGUUAUUCCAAGCAUCUGUGUACUUGAGAUUGAUAGCUGGCUUAAUGCAGCAAUUGAAUGCUUGGAGUAUUUCCCUGACCAGUACAUAGCUUCCGUUAGUCAGCAGUUAGUGCAAAACAGAAAUGAAGAGACCAGGCUGAGUACACAAAAGAAGAUACUUUUUGAUGUUGUCGUAAAAUACUAUAAUCAAGAGAGAGAUUGCCUGUUAGCCAAUGAGUAUUUUGAUAUUCUUUCAGGGAUUAUUGAACUUUUAGAAAAUGAGAAAAGAGCAGAAGCACUUGAAGCAACACAACUAUAUCUAAGAUUGUUGUUGCCCAACAUUAGAGAAGAGUUACGGCGGCUGCUUACUUUUAUGGCUAUUGCAUCAGAACCUAAUGCCUACAAGUUACAAAAACAGAAUGAUAACAAAACUGUUGUCCUGAAGACUCUUGCCAAAGCAGUUUUGCAAACCAAGUCAUUAUCAAAAGUACGGGCAGAACAGCUCAUCCGGUUCCUACUGGAAUAUCACUCCGAGCUCCUCAAGACACCAGUUACUUUAUUGGACCUGGUUAGUAAGAAACUGAAGAAGCUGCAAUGUGGAGAAGAUCCAGAUGCGGAAUCAGGCUUCACAUUUUGCCAACGCCUGACAUACAAGGAAUUUGAAAAACACAAGGAAAGGACAAUUCAAUGUCUUCACCAGUUGGCUCUUGAGAUUAAUAGUAACUCCAACAUCUCUUUGAAACAAAAAAAGAAAUUAAUUAAGGAAUUUGAAAAACACCAUCCAGAAGCUUUGCACUGACAUGUGGCAGAGCCCUGGCCAGUGUGUUCAGUGGUUAGAGCAUCAGCCCACAUGCCGAAGGGUCUCGGGUUUGAGUCCUG